UAUCUGUCUAACGUUCUCAUUCGGCACACCUCAUGCUUGCAACCCCACCUCCCCUACAUAAAGUUAUGUACAACAGUAUCCUUCGACUCCCAAAUUACCAGUUUCUUCUACAAUCUGAUAAUUAAUAGUAAUGGAGCUGCCCAGCUCAGUCUCUGUCGUCUCUAUCUUUACUUUGUUACUUAUUUCGACGGUGCAGUGGGUGGCGUUUGCCACUUCUCCAUGUCAUUUCCCAGCAAUCUUUAACUUCGGAGACUCAAACUCAGACACCGGUGGAUUGUCUGCAGUCUUUGGCCAAGCUCCUCCUCCGCAUGGAGAGUCUUAUUUCCACCACCCCGCUGGACGUUACUGUGAUGGCCGCCUCAUCAUCGACUUCAUCGCGAAGAGCUUUGGACUACCAUAUCUAAGUGCUUACCUUGAUUCAGUGGGUAGCAACUUCACUCAUGGAACCAACUUUGCAACGGCAGGAUCAACCAUUAGACCCCAGAAUUCAACUCUCCAUCAAAGUGGCUUCAGUCCUAUUUCCUUGGAUGUUCAAUGGAACGAAUUCUAUGAUUUUCACCGCAGAUCCCAGAUUAUCCGUAGCCAAGGUGGAGUUUAUAAGAAAUUGUUGCCGAAGGCUGAAGAUUUCUCUCAUGCUUUGUACACAUUCGAUAUUGGUCAGAAUGAUCUUACCAGCGGUUAUUUCUCGAACAUGACCAGCAGUGAAGUUAAAGCAUAUGUCCCAGAUGUGCUCGACCAGUUCAAAAACAUUGUUUCGUACAUAUAUGGUCAAGGAGGAAGGAACUUUUGGAUUCACAAUACAGGUCCAUUUGGGUGUCUAGCUUAUGUCUUGGAGCGCAUUCCAAUCUCAGCUGCGGAGGUGGAUAAGAGUGGAUGUGGGACUCCAUUUAAUGAAGUGGCUCAAUAUUUCAAUCGUGGAUUAAAGAAGGUUGUCUUCCAAUUAAGGAAGGAAUUACCACUGGCUGCAAUAACAUAUGUUGAUGUUUAUUCAGUGAAGUACAAACUCAUAAGCCAAGCAAGAAAGCACGGGUUUAAUGAGUCGUUAAGAGCUUGUUGUGGGCAUGGUGGAAAGUACAACUACAACAGGCAGCUUGGAUGCGGAGCAAAGAGAACUGUGGGUGGCAGGGAAAUAUUAGUGGGUAAAUCCUGCAAAGAUCCAUCCGAAUGGAUUAGUUGGGAUGGGGUGCACUACACACAAGCAGCUAACAAAUGGAUCUUCGACCGGAUCGUGGACGGUUCCUUUUCCGAUCCGCCAGUUCCAUUGAAGAUGGCAUGCCAGAGGCAGCCAGUCCAUUGAUGUGUACUCUCUCAGGAAUUGGUGGCUCGUUCAUUUUUAAUGUUUUUUUCUUUUGAAUACAAUCCAGAGAGUGAAAAUGGAUGGAGAAUUAUUAUUUUUGUUUCGCCGUGAUUGGAUUUUUAAGAUGAGUUAAUUAAUUAAAAAAGACAAGCAAAACAAGUUAACGUGA